GUUUCCUCUCUGCUGGCUUGUGCAGCAAGAAAGGAGGAGUGGGGGGAAGUAACUCCUCAGUCUUCCUCUGAAGCUUAAGCAAAUGUGCUGCUGCCUGCGCUGGCGGGGAGCUGCCCUGGGUGCAGUUGCCUCGCAGCCUAUUGCUCUCAAUUACUAAAGAAUUGCCUGGACUUCUCGAGGACCUGGAGGAAAAAGACAUCACUUCACAGACCUGAUAGUUGCUCAGUGCCUGUAGACUUGACACAUUUUGUUUUUUUCCUAGGGGAUCCUUUUUUAAAAUUAUUUUUCUCCUCUGUUUUUUAGAACAGCAUUUACUUGAGUGUGUGGCAUUGAAAUCCAUUGCUUUGUUAACAACUUUGGGAGAUAUUUUUAAAAACUUUUUCCCCCCUCUUCUGUUUUCUUUGCAAAAAAAAAAAAAAAAAGGCAAAAAAAGAAAGGAUAAUCAUUUUGGGGGAGGGGAGAUGAUCGUGCUGAUGUGGAAUAAGUGCUCCUGCUGUCUCCUCUUACUAGCCGCGGUCCUGAUCGUGGAGAGCUCCCAGCUAGACAGCUCCAGCUCCAAGGUGAACUCCAUCAAGUCCACCCUGAUGGGGGAGGCUCCAACUCAGGCAACCAACAGAUCUGCAGGCAUCCACCAGGGACUGAUGCUUGCUAGCAGUAAGAAGGGCAAAAUGCUAGAACAGAUGGGAAAACCUCCCAAGCACUAUCACCGGCAAGGAGAGGCCUAUCCUUGUACUAAUGACAAGGAAUGUGAAGUUGGGCGAUACUGUCACAGUCCUCAUCAAGCAACGUCUGCAUGUAUGGUGUGCCGGCGGAAGAAGAAGCGCUGCCACAGAGAUGGCAUGUGCUGCCCUGGGAAUCGCUGCAACAAUGGUAUUUGCAUACCAGUAACUGAAAGCAUCCUUACACCCCACAUCCCUGCUCUAGAAGGGCCACGCAACAAGAAGAAUGGUCAUUAUACCAGCAAAGAUUUGGGAUGGCACAACCUAGGGAGGCCGCGCUCCAAGCUGUCACACAUAAAAGGACAUGAAGGCGAUCCCUGCCUACGGUCAUCAGACUGCAUAGAGGGACAUUGCUGUGCUCGCCAUUUCUGGACCAAAAUUUGCAAGCCUGUGUUGCAUCAGGGGGAGGUGUGCACCAAACAGCGCAAGAAAGGGUCCCAUGGACUGGAGAUUUUCCAACGAUGUGACUGUGCCAAGGGGCUGUCAUGUAAAGUAUGGAAAGAUGCGACCUCCUCUUCUAAAUCAAGACUUCAUGUGUGCCAGAAAAUCUGAAUGAGGAUUGGGAAGACAGUAAUAAGUGAUUGUGGCUUUAUGUGUUUAAUGCAUUAUGGCAUGGUGGAAAAAGAGGACUGCAAAUGGAAGAGGAAUGGCUAAAGUAGAAUAAGAGUAAAAGUCACAGCAAAUGCAUUUCUUUUUGAGCUGGUGGUAGACGCAAGUGUAGCUGGAUUUCAUCUCCUGUCCAGUUCUUCUGUAAAUAACUUCUACAGUUUGUGGGAAAUGCUAGUAUGCAAACAAGUAGAGUGGAAACGAAUGUCACUUACCUUGCUGUAUUGUCCUGUGAUGUUUCAGGGGUUCAGUGUUAGGGCUAGAGUGGGUUUCCAGUGUGGUAAUGACUGCUAAAUGAAUUGUAUGCAUUGUACUCCAUAGGAAGCAGUGUAUGCCAGGAAGACUCAUCCAUCAACACGUGAUUAGGCACAUUGCAGGUGUAAGAAAUUGAAAUAAAGUUACUGUGAAUGUCCACAUGCCCUUGUCAUUCAGGGCUGUCACUUCAGCGGAGAAAGCACUCCUGCAGGACAAGAGUGCUAUGUUUUGCAUGCCCUUAUGAAGGAGGUAAAAACUUGCCAUCUCAAAAUUUCAAGAAAGUAGCAGUUUCUCUAAGAGGAGGCAUUUAAAUGGGGUUUUGUUUCCUAUACAUGGGUAAAUUGAAACUCUUUAUGUAGUUCAAUGUCAUAGUAUGACACUUAAUCACUUGUAUUUGCCUCAGUUUACUGCUAAUACACGUUGUGUUGAACAGAUGAAGAUAAUAUGUGUGCAUGCUGAAUCCAGAAUUAUAUAUAGGCAGUUCCUCAUUAGUCCUAAAUAUACUUUCCUUGCCUAAGCAUUCUUGCAUUAUAGACAUUUCCAAAGGAAAUAGCAGUGUUGAAGUGCCUAACAUGAAGAGCUAUGAAGUUCUUUCUUUUUGCUGUUAUAAUAGAUGAUACAGACAUUUGCUGAGGUGUUCAGAGCAUACUGCUACAAACUCAAAUUUUUACAUUUUAUUAGUAGCAACAGGCUACUGAUGGCACUCUGCAGCAGUAUAAUGGAUUUGUUCUUAGAGACAGCAAAGAAAAUGGCGCUGGGUCUUGUGAACAUCUCCUCUCCUGCAGAAAAGGAAGUAAGAAGAAGGUAUGAUCACAAAUGACUUGCUAAACAUCAUGUGAUGUCACAGCAUACCAGCCUCCAGCAUGUAUUCAGCCUGAACUUGAUGUCCUCUCAUUCUGGAGUGUUCUGCCAGGAAUGAUGGAAGUACAAAGACUGUAGAAACAGCUGCCAACCCUAUAUUGUUUGUGUACUGCUUAAAAAAUGACAGCCUCUGUCCCUUGCCUUGUCUCCCAGGUCUUUUCAAAGCUUUUUAGUUUUACUUAUUUGCAAGUAUUCCUUUGUAUAGACUUAAGAGAACAAUAUUAUUUUAAAGAAGCCUGAAUCUGUAAUUGAUCUACCGCUAAGUUGUAAUUAUCCAUUUAUAAUUAUCCAUUUUCAUAUUCUGUAAUACAACGGACUUUUCUGUUUAUUCAGUUCUGAACAAUAUGGGUAGACCAGUAUGCAGUUUAACUUCAAAAACCAUGUCACCAUUACCUGAUAUCUUUUGGCACCAGUGGGAUGCUUUAAAGCUAUAGCUUAGCUACACCACCAGAUUCAACCUUUCUAAUUGGAACACAGACCUCAGCUACAUUGCCCUUAUCUUCCAUAAGAGUCUGAAUAAGAAGAGUAUUUCACACACCACUUUCCCUACUGGAGUUAGUUUUUAUUGACCUAGAGGGAUGUUCAGAGACAGGGGCUUCUGUUUUUUAAGUCUCAGUCAGAGCUUUAUCUUGGAGUCCUAUCAUUGCAACUCUGCUUAUUUUGGAGUUUUUUCAAUGUAACUGGAACAGGAAUAAGGCUCAGAAAUUUCAAGAUACUAAAAAAGUGCAGGAACCAAUUUUACAAGUUUUAUUUACACUGACACAGCACAUACUCAGCAGAGGAAUUUUAGAGCUCUCAUAUUCACUACAUAUAAAAGAAAAUGAAACCCAGUCUGAGCAGGGGGGUUGCAGAAACGGGGUCUCAGAAAUUUUUAGCUCUUUCUAUCAUUGGCCUAUCCCUAUUUUGCUCUUGCAGAACAUAGUUAU